AUGACCACGAGCCUUCCACGGAGAGGUCCCUCUCCGUUCAACACUGCUGCAACGACGUCACAAUCAAGACCCUCCAACGGUCCCUAUACAUCCCAGCAGCCCGGUCGUACAAAGUCACGAACGGAGCAUCGGAGAAACACACCUGACGCGGAGUUGACUGAUACAUCGGGUGACAAGAACACCGUUACCUUGAUUCGCCGUGUUCUUUGUCCUGAUGCCUCCGCAUAUGGAUCGAGCGCACCGCGACCUUUGCAAGACCUCUUACCACCGCUGACCAGUUCCAACGAUGUAGAUUUGCAAUUAUACGCUCUGAUCGCAGUCAUCAUCAAGGAGUUUGUUUAUUCAUGGUACGCAAGGAUUACGCCGGAUCAUGUUUUUGUUGACGAAGUCCUGCAACUGAUCGCUCACUGUACGCGGGCCUUGGAACAAAGACUCCGGCGGGUAGAUGUUGCGCAACUCGUCCUGGACGAAGUAACUGGGUUAAUCCAAGCUCAUUUGACUGCAUACCGGAUCGCAGCACAAGGCUCCGACUUAAUUUCACUGAAGUCAUCAACUCCGGAGAUUUAUCACAAUCUACAUGCACAUCCCGCGCUUUCCCCAGUCCCAGACGUGUCGGCGGCAUCACGAAUAUCGGAACAACAGGAAAAUGAGAACGUAUACCGUCAUUUGCUAGCGCAGGGCGUGUUAGCGGUACUUCUGCCGACUGAAGAUCUAGAGAAUGUCUGUUUGCGAACACUGGUUGAAGAUGUGUUGUCUGAUUUGAUUCUGGGUAAUCAAGUCAAUGGGAGGGUAUGCGAGGGGUGGUUCAUUUGGACCGCGAUAAGCAAGGUCAUCACCGUGGUGAAACAGCGAAAUUCUGACUCAACAAUGACCGUAGGGCAGAGACUGGAUGUUGUAGCAGAUGCUAAUCGCUUGGAGCGAUUUGGUCUUUUAUCGGACGACGGAGACAGAGAUGAGAAUGCCCGGGAGUCUAAACAGUCCACAGUUUCGCAAUGGCUAUGGAAGAUACUAUAUUCGGUCUAUCUCGCAUAUUUUACGAUGCGCUUCAUAAUCGGAGGUUUACUGCAUACUGCAUUGUCCAAUCCAGAGGCAGCAACCGCAGAGAUACUACAAGCGGACCCUGUCACUACAAUAAAAACAGCAAACCAGCCAAGUCUAUGCCGCCCUGUGCUUCGCUACAGAGCUUUCAGUUUCAUAUCUCAAUUAAUGGGGGUGCCACAGAAAAUGCCAUGGCUCACUGGCUCGGCCUCGUUGGUCCAGAGCUUAAUUUUGGCAGGUCCUGGCAAAUUAGGCGAGACAGGUAGCGUUCUUGAUCGGUAA